AUGAGUCGGUUCUCGACGCCCCGCCUCAUGGCACAGGGCAUGCUUCGGACCUUGACCAAACCUCGACACCCAGCUCCCAGCGCGCCGCAAUGGGCUCGCCUCUUCUCCCAGUCGCCCAUUGUACGGGCUGAUAACCCUUCUUCCCCAGCAUCACAGUCGGACGCCAUGAUGACCCUUACGAGGAACUUCAUGGAGAACGUUGCCGAUCCCUCCAAAGCCAACAGCAGCAGCGGAGACCUGACACAGGAUUUCAAUCUGGAUCCUUUGGAGGAGGAUACCGAGCUGGAGCCAUAUCACUUCCACAUUUACUCGCACAAGCACAACACACACGUCACUCUCACAAAGCCCAACCGGGACGCCCUCAUCUCGCUAUCUUGCGGCAACCUCGGUUUCAAGCAUGCCGGACGCAAGCACUACGAUUCGGCGUACCAGCUGGGAGCAUAUGUGAUCGACAAGAUGAACCAGAAGGGUUUGACGAAGAAGAUUCACAAGUUGGAGGUUAUCCUGCGCGGUUUUGGGUCCGGGAGAGAGGCGGUCGUCAAGGUCCUGAUGGGCAACGAAGGCAAGGGGUUGAGGGAUAAGAUUGUCAAGGUGUCGGAUUCGACAAGAAUCAAGUUCGGUGGUACCAGAAGCAAAAAACCAAGGAGAUUGGGUUAA